UGGUUUAUGUGAUUUAGGUAAAAAAUAAAGAUGAGCUAAUUCUGCUUCUUCAUCGUCUUCGUUCUUUACUCUUAAUCUUUCAUAAUGGUUUUGUCUUAUAUGUUUAUUAUACCAUAAACCAUAAAGAAAAUUAUUCGUUCUUUCAAUUAAAUUUUCAAGUGGAUUCAUUUGAUCCAAAACUUGAUAAGCACCCGUUUUUUUCAUAUAUACAUCUGCUUUUGUUCGAUAAUCAGCAAGUUUACCGAGAUGGAAGACUUUCGACUUAUCCGUUUUCCGUGUUUUGAUGGAGGGUGCUUAUGAUGACAUUCCGUAA